AGGCGGUGCUUUGUCUCCCAGUGCCAACCAACCCCUCCAGCUGGUCCCAAUGAGGCUGAUGUGAUCCUUAGGGCUGGGGGACAUGGUAGAAAGGUAUUUGAUUCAUGCCCGGCUCAUAGGUGAUGCGUUAUUAGGAUAAAGAAGGCAUGGGAGGGAGGGAGGGAGAGUGAGAGAAAAUGAAUCUUAAAUCUUGCCUAGGAGAGCGGCCGACCUCGGGAGACUCCACAGCGCAGCACCACCCGGAGCCUUGGACCAACAGCUCGGUGUAUCCGGGCCGCGGUUUCCAGGCAACCGUCAAACACCGGCGCUGGCCGAACGCGGCCGCUGGGCAGCCUGCAGCGGCGGCUGGUGGACUCGGCUGGCCCCUUGGACUAGCAAAGCGGACCAUGGCCGCGACGGGGCCACCGGACUCGCGCGGCGGGGAGGAGAAGGAGGCAGCGGAGGAUGAAGAGGAGGAGAUCACGGCCGCCACGCUGCGGGGCAAGACCCGGCCUCCGCCCAUCUCGGCGCAGUCCGCUUUCAGCUACAUCCCCCCACGGCGCCUGGACCCCAAGGAGCACAGCUACUACUACCGUCAGGGCAAGACAGGAGUUAUUUCCCUCUAUGACUGUGUCUUUAAGAGGAAGUUAGAUUAUAAUCAGAAGUUGCACCGAGAUGACAGAGAACAUGCGAAAAGCCUGGGACUUCAUGUUAAUGAAGAGAACUGGCAGCGCAGUAGGUGGGCUCACACCAGCAUCACCACAACAUCAUGGGUAGUGCCCAGAGCUGUGUCAUUAGGAGCAGGAGAGGCCCGUGGGAGUGCUGACGUCUUCGGUCUAUGGGAAGCGCAUUCAUCAGCCCAUUGAGCCGCUGAGCCGCGACCACCGCCGCGCCAGCCACCUGCGCGCCGACUUCUACCGGAAGAACGACAUCCCCAGCCUCAGGGCGCCCGGCUUCGGACACAUCACCCCGGCCUGAAGCGGCCCCCGUGGCCGCAGGGCGUGUCGGGGUAGCCCCCGGCCAGUGAGGCUGCCCAGAGAGGGGCGGGGGCCUCCAGCCUUUCCCGUUUUUCUGACGUCCAGCGGCAGUAGUGGGAUAAUGACCUGGGGAAGGACGAACAGAGCGGCUGCCCCUUGUUAAGAACCUGGCUUUAAUACGUAUUAAGACUAUCUACUGUAAUGGCUUUCACCUGCAAUUAUUUCGGAUGAACUAAUCCUGGCGACUGAGUCAUUGUGAGCAUCCGAAUAAAAUGGACUCUUUGU